GUGACGUCACCAACGAAAGUGACGUGCUCCGCUGUUUUCGUGUACUUGAUGUUGAGAAAGCAGUGUCUGGUUUUCGGCGAAGCAAUCCCUCAGCGCAGCAGCGCAGUCAGCCUGGGACCCAAACGGGCGUCGAGCCCGUCCUUCUAGAGCCACUCCGCCCAGAUUACGACCUUUACAUUGACGCCCCUUACAACGUCUUCGCUCUCAGCCCGGGAGGUGUGAAUUCGCUCCCUCCAGAGGUAUACUGCGCGCGAGCGGGGCUAACUUACGGGUCGGUGGCGCUAGAGGACGCGGAACAGGUCGCUAAGCACGUGACCUACCCGUGCCCCGCAGACUACAUCCGGACUAUUCUCAGCUGCGGCCUCCCGUCCGUAGCGGCCCGGCUGACGUCAGACGGAACCCUUGUGGCGUGGGCGCUGACGCAACCUUACCUGGCAUUAGGAAUGGUUAACGUCAUGCCGGGUCAUCGAAGAAGCGGCCUAGGGCGUGCUGUCGUCACGCUCUUGGCCCGGCAGCAGCUGGCGCGUGGCUGGACGUCACACGCUUACGUCAGCGUCGACAACGUCGCGUCCGAGCAGCUCUUUGCGUCGCUGGGGUACAAAAAGGUUGAAAGAGCCUAUUGGACAGGCUGCAUGGUUCAGACCCCAAGCUAG